CUUUGCACUCAUCUGAAAACUCUCCAGCUCUCUCUGCACGGACAAUUGUGAUUAUGAAUGCCAGCGGUGCAGCCUGUAUUCACCCACCGCUCUCCUACCGGAAAAGAGAUCUGCACGGACAAUUAUGAUUAUAUGCAUUGAAAGUAGCAACCGCUUUGCUGUUAAAGGAUGGAUGUGUUGCACAGGAAUUCAUAAUAAAGGGUUGACCGAAUGGAAGCAGGAUUACACCUUAUGGAGAAGAACCAACAAAUAGUUUCUUACAAUGGAGACCUUCUUAUUUUUCAAAUCCCUGAUAGCAAACGAAUUUGUGAGGCCAGUGAAAAGUACAAGUUGCUUUUCUUUAGAAAGAGGUUUGACAGAGUCUCUCAGACGUUUAUUGAGCAGUCCCUGGGACAGUACAGCUUCCCAGGCACUAAAUCUGGGGUGGAACUUGUAUGCAUUAAUUGUGUAACGGACUCCCGUACAGGCUUAAACCUUCCUUGUGUUUUGCUAAAAACGUGUAAGAAAAAGAGUAGCGGUGCCACAAAAUGUACCUUGCUCCUGUUCCAUGCAUCCAGUGAGGUUGAAUGUUUUCUGAAGUUUCGACUAGAUGUGGAUAGAUUGCAAGAUCUACAGAUUUGUGAUGGUCCAGCUGUUUUGUGGAGGUAUCAAGAGAAAUUGUGUUAUAUUUCACGGUUUACUUCUGGUAUUUUAACAUCACCCCUCAGUCUGACUGCUAUACAAUGGGUCGGUACAGUAGAUGGUGAAGGAACAAUCAUCUUUGGCACCACGGACUUAAGUUUUCAAGUAGCCGACAAUAUAACAACUGGACUUCACCUCGAUGGUACGCUUAAGGGUACUGAGUUUGUUUUGUAUGCCGUUGAAAAGCAGAGCACCAUUCCAGGGAUCUGCUUUCUUCCACAUGCGUACAGCACUGUUUUACGUUGCCUUCAGGUGUGCAUGAUGCAAAAAGGGAAUGACAGAUAUGAGACAUCAGUUGCUGCAGUGAGCAGUAAACAGCUGAUUUGGAUAGAAAAUGGAACUCCGAAAGAAGUUUGCCAGCUUCCAUUUGAGAAUCCCUGCAAGCUACAAGUUGCUUCGACAAGCCGAGGGGAUUUGUUGUUUAUUAUUUCCUUUGCUUCUGGAGAUGUAUGCGCAGUACAGAAAGAUGGUUUUAAGGUAGCUGCAACUUGGCAGCAAGUCUAUACUGUUCUCAUCGAUGAUUUCCUUGGCAAAGGUGCUGAUCAAAUACUCUUGCUGUUUAAGUAUGAACCAAACAGUUCACCUGACCUUCAAUCAUUCAAACUAACUGACUGCUGUGAAAUUAACUAUCCUACCGGGGAAUCUAACUGCAAUGUAGGUACAUCAUAUGAAGAUGGAUUUCAAGAAAACCGCCUUCUCACAAUCCAGGCACUUGAAUCAAGAUUGCAGGCAGGUUUGCUUUCACUUCAAGAAUUGCAACAGGAUUUGGAACUCAAAUAUAGGGUCCUAAGAUCUUCUGCUGAGGCAUUAAUUAACAUGGUCCAAGGCAAGGAAAGUGCUGUGCCCUGUGCAGACAAGGAGGGCUUGGUUUCCCUUUGGGAUGAUAUAAAAGGCAGUCCUUGCCCACCCAGUACAGAGAUGUGUUCAUCCUUGCCAGAUGAAUGCCCUGUAGAGAGAAUAUGGCAACGUGUUGUCGAUGACCUUUUGGUGAUUGGUGUAAAGCUCAGCAGCUCAGCGUAUCUAUCCCUGAGCAAUGUGAGCUUAUCUCUAAUACUGGAUCAAACAACAGCCCAGCUCUCCCCAGUUACAAAAUGCCGAACCCUGGAGUUAAAACUGGCCGUUGCUCCUUUAAUAAAUUCUAGUACUGUCUACCAAGGAGAACCGAUAGCAAAGAAACAAAGAAUCAGUUCCCUUACCGCAGAUGCUGUUUUAGAGGAUUCUUCAGGAAGGCAGAGCUGUUCCCCAUAUGAAAAUGAUUUGGGAAACACAGUGACUGCUGUCACAGAACUAUCCCCGCUUUUGGCGCUUAUUAACACAAGUUGUGUGUUGCUGCUGCACGCCAGGAGGAGAAAUCAACCUGACAGCUUAGUUAAAAGCGAGAUGUUGACGGUACCAUGCGGGAGAAUUUCUUUAAGCACCGAAGACAUUUUAAAAGGGAAGCACACAGUAAAUAUAUUUGAACACUGUCAAGGUUGUAUAGAAGACCUUUUGGCUGUUUUAUCCACAUAUUUAAAAUGUUCCCUCCAUAUCUCCUCGCCUGACUGUACACUGACUUCAGUGAAAUUGUGGAUGAUUGGUCAUAUGCAGGGGGAACCUGUGCGACACAUCCCAGAAAUCAUUUGCAGCCAUAUACCUGGAAGUCUUGACGGCACUCUUUUCAUCUGGAAUCCAGAGAGCCCUUGUGAAGGGAAACUUACCAUCUUUGCAAGGAAUAAGGCAGUGUUGCUCCAGUGCCUCUGCAGUCUCAAAAGUGUUCUUCCUCCAACCUGUGUGCUGAAUAUUGUAAAACAAGAGGGCACACACUGUUUGGCUGAAAGCUUGGCGUUAUCCCUGGAAGAGGAGUUGCUGGCCCUCAGGAGCGCAAUAUUCACAUCAGCAAGCGAUGUUGAAGAAGACUUGACCCUGAGAAGUAAAAUGCAGAAAAAGCCCAGCAGCACAAUAACUCCUUUAUACGACACCAAGGAAGACGUGGAGAGAUACAGAGAAGAGCUCUUAAUUGAGCAGGAGCAAAGUAAGCUGGGAGCUAACAUCACAAUAAAAAGCGACCAGUACAGACAACUCAUAGCAAAAGUAGCUCAGAUUCAAAUGAACUCUGACAGAAUUGCAGGGAAACUGGCCACUUUGUGAUCUCUGUGUCACAUUAAAUAUCACCUUGGAGGUUACUCUAAUAGUUGUGAUUUGUUCAUAUUCAGUCAGUACUGAAUAAUGCACCAUAAACUAUACUGCGGGCUUAAAUAUUUCAUUAAAAAUAGAUUCAAAGUGUUGUCAAUUCUUGUUGUCAAGCGUAAGGCUAAGGCUUGUUUUAUACAGGUUACAAAUGGAAUUAACUGGCAACUGUAUAAUUUAUCUCUAUUAUUUGUUCCUUUAUGUUCCUUAAUGCCAAUUUAUACCAUAAAACACUGCUUACCUUACAAAAAUUGCCUACAGUCGCUUCUGUUUUCAUAUCCUCUAUUUCUGUGCCCCUUUUAAGGAUUAAAGAAGAAUAAAAACAAAGUAGGGAAAUGGUUUGCCCAACGAACAUUGAAACUUCACUAUAAACCCUCAAGCGUAUCUCCCUAACCAGUAUUUUAUUGUUUAUUUUUCUGUUAUGAAACUUUGUUACUGUUGAAAACUUUUAUGUAACAAUUAUACUAUACUGAUGCAA